AUGUUGCACCAACUCAGAGACAAUUGCGUUAAGAUAGGUGCACAAGCCAGGAACAAGGUCAAGGAAGAACAUCAAGACCUAAGCGACGACCAUCAAUGCAACAAGUGUGAGGAGGAGGCUGUGAAUGUGUCGCUUGGAAACUUGCUUACAUACCCAUAUAGUAGAUUUGUGAGUGCUGCGGUAGUGAAGAACACACUUGCCAUCAGAGGAGCGUACUACAACUUCGUCAAAGGAACAUUUGAUCUCUGGGACCUUUAUUUCAAGACUCAAGACAACUCAUGGUGUUCAUUCGACUCCAAGGAGGAUUCGACAAACGCACUCUAUGGACUUUCAAAUGUUGCUGCGUGGCAAAGAGGAGGAGGAGAGGAGUUGAAGGUUCAUAUAGCAGAAGAACACUGUUUGGAAUCAUAUAAAAAAGAGCUGGAUAAAUUGGCAGAUGCGCUGAAGAAAUCUCGUUCCACGAUGAAGCUGCAUAAGAAGUCUGUGUCGUUUUUUUUCUGA